AUGAAUUCUGCCAUCAUUUCUAUUGAGGGGAUGACAUGCAGCUCCUGUGUUUGGACCAUUGAGCAGAACAUUGGAAAAAUGAAUGGUGUACAUCACAUUAAAGUUUCACUGGAAGAAAAAAAUGCAACUAUUGUUUAUGAUCCUAAACUACACACUCCACAGACCCUACAGGAAGCAAUUUAUGACAUGGGCUUUGAUACUUUUGUCCCCAGUCUCAACCCUCUUCCUGUUUUUACUGACACCGUGUUUCUGACUGUUAAUCCUUCUUUUGCUCCACCAUGGGACUAUAUCCAAAAUACAUUGCUUAACACCAAGGGUGUGACAGACAUUAAAAUUUCCCGUCAGCAAAGAACUGCAGUGGUGACAAUAAUCCCUUCUGUAGUAAGCGCCAGUCAGAUAUUAAAACUGCUUCCAGGUAUGAGCUUAGACAUUGAAACUGUGGAGAAAAAGUCAGUAACCUGGGAAGGUUACAGUAUGACUCAAGCAAAUGAAAUCAUGCUGAAACUGAAAGUGGAAGGGAUGACCUGUCAUUCAUGCACUAGCACCAUUGAAGGAAAAAUUGGGAAACUGCAAGGUAUUCAGCGAAUUAAAGUCUCCGUGGACAACCAAGAAGCUACUGUUAUUUAUCAACCUCAUCUUAUUACAGUAGAAGAAAUAAAAAAGCAGUUUGAAUCUGUAGGCUUCCAAGCAUUCAUCAAAAACCAGCCGAAAUACCUUACACUGGGAGCUAUUGAUAUAGAUCGUCUAAAGAACACACCUGUCAGAUCCUCAGAAGGAUCACAGCAGAGAAGUCUGUCAUAUACCAGUGAUUCAACAGCCACUUUUAUCAUAGAUGGCAUGCAUUGUAAAUCAUGUGUGUCAGAUAUUGAAAGUACUUUGUCUACACUCCAGUAUGUAAGCAACAUUGUCAUUUCUUUAGAGAAUAAGUCUGCCAUUGUAAAAUACAAUGCAAGCUCAGUCAGUCUAGAAACCCUUAGAAAGUCAAUAGAGGCAAUAUCACCAGGAAAAUAUAAUGUUAGUAUUACAAGCAAUGUUGAGAAUACUGCAAGCUCUCCUGUCAGCUCAUCUCUUCAACAAACUCCUUUCAGCAUAGUUAACCAGCCUCUGACUAAAGAAACUGUGAUAAACAUUGGUGGCAUGACUUGUAAUUCUUGUGUGCAGUGUAUUGAGGGUGUCGUAUCAAAAAAGGCAGGUGUAAAAUGCAUUCAAGUCUCCCUUGAAAAUAACAAUGGAAUUGUUGAGUAUGAUCCUCUACUGAUCUCUCCAGAAACCUUGAGAGAAGCAAUAGAAAACAUGGGAUUUGAUGCUACCUUAUCAGAUGUGAAUAGGCCAUCAGUAUUAAUAACUCAGCCUUCCUCACAAAUGCCACUUUUGGCUUCAACUAAUGAAUUUGCUGCAGAAAUGGUGAUACCAGUUCAUGACAAAGAGGAGACAAAGACUUCUAAGUGUUAUAUACAGGUCACUGGCAUGACUUGUGCUUCCUGUGUAUCAAACAUUGAACAAAAUUUAAGACGAGAACAAGGAAUUUAUUCGGUACUUGUGGCCCUGAUGGCUGGGAAGGCAGAAAUAAGAUAUAAUCCUGCUGUUAUGCAGCCCCUGAUGAUAGCAGAGUUCAUCCAAGAGCUUGGAUUUGGAGCCACAGUGAUAGAAAAUGCUGAUGAAAGGGAUGGUGUUUUGGAACUUGUUGUGAGAAGAAUGACUUGUGCUUCUUGUGUCCAUAAAAUAGAGUCUACCCUCACAAAACACAGAGGGAUUUUCUACUGCUCUGUAGCCUUGGCAACCAACAAAGCACAUAUUAAAUAUGAUCCAGAAGUUAUUGGCCCCAGAGAUAUUAUCCAUACAAUUGAAAGCAUAGGUUUUGAAGCUGCUCUGGUCAAGAAAGAGCGAUCAGCAGGUCACUUAGACCAUAAACGAGAAAUAAGACAAUGGAGGCGUUCUUUUCUAGUGAGCCUUUUUUUUUGUAUUCCUGUAAUGGGACUAAUGACAUAUAUGAUGGUUAUGGACCACCACCUUGCAGCUCUUCACUAUUAUCAGAACACGAGUCAUGAGGAAAUGAUCACAAUUCAUUCGUCUAUGUUUUUGGAACACCAGAUCCUGCCUGGCUUGUCAGUUAUGAAUUUGCUUUCCUUUUUAUUCUGUGUACCUGUACAGUUUUUUGGAGGCUGGUACUUCUACAUUCAAGCUUAUAAAGCACUGAAGCAUAAGACUGCGAAUAUGGAUGUACUGAUUGUGUUAGCAACAACUAUUGCAUUUGUCUACUCUUUGAUUACUCUUACUAUUGCAAUGUAUGAAAAAGCCACCGUGAACCCUCUUACUUUUUUUGACACACCUCCUAUGUUAUUUGUGUUUAUUGCACUAGGUCGGUGGCUGGAACAUGUAGCAAAGGACAAAACAUCAGAGGCACUUGGAAAGCUAAUUUCACUACAAGCUACAGAGGCAACUGUUGUCACCCUUGACUCAGAUAAUAUCCUCCUGAGUGAGGAACAAGUAGAUGUAGAACUUGUGCAACGUGGAGACAUCAUUAAAGUGGUUCCAGGAGGUAAAUUCCCUGUGGAUGGUCAUGUUAUUGAAGGACAUUCUAUGGUAGAUGAGUCCCUUAUUACAGGGGAGGCAAUGCCUGUAGCUAAGAAAUCUGGCAGUACAGUAAUUGCUGGUUCCAUUAACCAGAAUGGUUCGUUACUUAUCCGAGCAACUCAUGUUGGAGCAGAUACAACCCUUUCUCAUAUUGUCAGACUUGUGGAGGAGGCACAAAUGUCUAAGGCCCCUAUACAGCAGUUUGCAGACAAACUCAGUGGCUACUUUGUUCCUUUUAUUGUUAUUGUUUCAAUUGCUACCCUCUUGGUGUGGAUUAUAAUUGGAUUUCUUGAUUUUCAAAUUGUGGAAACCUACUUUCCUGGCUACAAUAGAAGUAUCUCCCAAACAGAAACGAUAAUACGCUUUGCUUUUCAAGCCUCUAUCACAGUUCUGUGCAUUGCUUGCCCCUGUUCACUGGGUCUUGCCACUCCGACUGCUGUGAUGGUUGGUACAGGAGUAGGUGCUCAAAAUGGCAUACUUAUCAAAGGUGGUGAACCACUGGAGAUGGCUCAUAAGGUAAAGGUAGUGGUAUUUGAUAAGACUGGAACCAUUACUCAUGGAACCCCAGUAGUGAAUCAAGUAAAAGUGCUAGUGGAAAGUAACAGAAUAUCCCGCAGUAAGAUCUUGGCCAUUGUGGGAACUGCUGAAAGUAGCAGUGAACACCCUCUAGGAGCAGCAGUAACCAAAUUCUGCAAGCAGGAGCUGAACACUGAAACCUUGGGUACCUGCAUAGAUUUCCAGGUUGUGCCAGGCUGCGGUAUAAGCUGUAAAGUUACCAACAUUGAAGGUUUACUGUAUAAGGCUAACUGGGAGACAGAAGAAAAUAAUAUUGAAAAUACAUCCCUGAUUCAAAUUGAUGCAUGUAAUGAACAGUCACCAACUUCAUCUUCAUUGAUUGCCCAACUCUCAAAUGCUCGUAAUGUUCAGCAGUACAAAGUACUCAUUGGUAACCGUGAAUGGAUGAUUAGAAAUGGUAUCAUCAUUAGUAAUGAAAUAGAUGAAUUCAUGACUGAACAUGAAAGAAAAGGUCGGACUGCAAUAUUGGUGGCAGUGGAUGAUGAAUUGUGUGGGUUGAUAGCCAUUGCUGAUACAGUGAAGCCUGAAGCAGAAUUGGCUGUCCGUAUUCUAAAAUCUAUGGGCUUAGAAGUAGUUCUGAUGACUGGAGACAACAGUAAAACAGCUAGAUCCAUUGCUUCUCAGGUUGGCAUUACUAAGGUGUAUGCUGAAGUUCUACCUUCCCAUAAAGUUGCUAAAGUGAAACAACUCCAAGAAGAAGGGAAAUGUGUAGCAAUGGUAGGAGAUGGAAUAAAUGACUCUCCAGCUUUGGCAAUGGCAAAUGUUGGAAUUGCCAUUGGAACAGGCACAGAUGUAGCUAUUGAAGCAGCUGACGUCGUUUUGAUAAGGAAUGAUCUCCUUGAUGUUGUGGCAAGUAUCGACUUGUCAAGAAAGACAGUCAAGAGGAUUAGGAUAAAUUUUGUCUUUGCUCUAAUUUAUAAUCUGGUUGGAAUUCCCAUAGCUGCUGGAGUUUUUAUGCCCAUUGGUUUAGUUUUGCAGCCCUGGAUGGGAUCUGCUGCAAUGGCUGCUUCAUCUGUUUCGGUAGUACUUUCUUCUCUCUUUCUUAAACUUUACAGGAAACCAACUUAUGAGAACUAUGAACUGCAUAUGCGGAGCAAGAUAGGACAGAGGAGUCCUUCAGAAAUCAGUGUUCAUGUUGGAAUAGAUGACAGCUCAAGAAUUUCUGCUCAACUGAGUUUGCUGGACCAGAUUAUUAAUUACAGUCGGGCCUCCAUAAACUCACUGCUGUCUGAUAAGCGUUCCCUAAAUAGCAUUGUUACCAAUGAACCUGAUAAACACUCACUUCUGGUGGGAGACUUCAGGGAAGAUGAUACUGUAUUGUAAAAGAACAGACACUACCACUUGUUUAAUUUGUUAUGUACUGACAGUGCAUUUAUGAAAUCAUCUUAGCUU